AUGGCAGGAAGCAAGCCCAGGACCAAGGCCAAGACCAAGCUGUCGGCCGAGGACAUGGAGCAGCACCGGGCGUACAUGAAGAAGUACAGGACGCAGUCAACGGACGUCGACAAGGACAAGUUGCGGUACAAGGACCACUAUGAGCUCCUGAACCUUCCACGCGAUGCUUCACAUACAGAAAUCCGCAAGGCCUAUCGCCAGUUAGCCCUCAAGUGUCAUCCGGACAGGAAGCCGUCAGCUGAAGCUCUGGUGCGGUGGGAGGGCGUGCCGACGGCUUACGCGGUGCUGUCCAAUCCAAACGAUCGGAUGGAGUACGACGCCACGUUACCGACGCGAGACGCACUUGUGGAGUUCUAUUACACUUACAAUCCGGUGAAGCUGGACAAUGCUACGAUUGAUACCAUAAUUGACAGCUGGUGCGGCCGCGAGGUGGAGCUUUUCGAGAUGCUCAAUGCUAAAUAUGAAGUCGCGCCACACCAAGGCACUUCGAAGGGCGCUCAACGUGCUGCUGCGAUGUCGGUCUCGCGUGAAAAGGCUCACAAGAUCGCGAUGGAUAGUCAGACGUUUAAGUUGAAGGAAGCUGAGGACACUGAGAUCAAGGGGACAAGUACGAUUGGAUCUGCUUUCUGCUGCAAGGGCGUUAUCUCGCGCUUGCUCCGCACCGCCUAUUAUGAGGUCGAUACAACAAGCCCGGGCUUCUUGGCAACCCAUGGCGAAUCCGAUACGCCUGGUCAAGCCAUGUCUUUGAAUUUGGAGUCCCCCGUGACACCGCCGGAAACGUUGUUGCCAGCGAGCCCGGACUUCAAGCCACCUGUCGACACAGAAAACUUGUCACCUGCAACGACUGUAGAUGGCUCACCACCAAGUGUUAACGGCGACUGUUGCACAAGAAUCGAUGACGAGUAUCUCAUGUCACCGGUUGGCCCACGAGCAACACAGCCGAGUAUUGCGGAUACUGACUAA